AUGGGACAUGAAACUAUUCAAGUCGCUAAAAUGGAAAAAGACCUGGGAUCGACUGAGAAUGACUCCAACACCCGAGGAGGGGUCAUAAUCGACCCUGCUGUGGAAAAAUCGCUCGUCAAGCGAAUGGAUAUGAUAUUACUUCCGAUCCUCUCCCUCGUCUAUCUCACUCACAGCCUCGACCGUGCCAACCUCGGAAACGCCAAGUCGGGAACCCUAGAACAAGACCUGGGGCUUCAUGGGAACCAGUACUCUCUACUUCUCAUGAUGUUCUACAUACCAUACUCUUUAUUUGGAAUCCCCGCAACCAUUCUCGCCAAGCGAUACAGUUCAGCACUGGUUAUUCCCUUUCUAGUCCUAGGCUGGGGUAGUCUCGCUAUGAUAACGGCUGCCACCAAGAACUUUGGCGGGAUUAUGGCCACACGAGUGCUCCUGGGAACAAUGGAAGCGGGCUUUCUGCCCUGUGCGACAUUCUAUCUUUCGACAUUCUAUACGCGUAAAGAGUUGGCUUCGAGACUAUCCGUAUUCUUUCAGAUGGGAUUUAUAUCUGGAGCGAUUAGCGGGUUGAUUUCUUGGUCAGUGUUUCAAUGGCACCGAGCCCUAAGAGGAUGGCAGUAUCUUUUCCUCAUCGAAGGCGCCAUCAGCGUUGGCAUCGCCAUCAUCGCGCUUGUCAGCUUACCACGUAGCGUACAAAGCUCCCGGCUAUUCACCGACGUACAAAAACACUGUGCAUCACUGCGUCUCGAGCAAAAUAAAGAAGACUUCUCCUGGCGCACAGGCUUCGACGUGCUGCAAGACUGGAAGAUAUGGAUGUUUGCCAUUUCCGCGUUACUCUACGGCGUCGGCUCAGCAAGCACCUCCAAUUUCUUACCGGUUAUGAUCGAGCGUCUGACCGAUAAUUCGGUUAGAGCGAAUCUGUACACCAUCGGCCCUAAUCUCACCGGCGCGCUGGUUAUGUGCAUUACUUGCUGGGUGUCCGAUCGUAUUCAGCAGCGCGCCUUGGUCGCCAUUGCGGUUAUUAUUGUGUCGAUAAUUGGCUGGAUAUUGCUUGGCUCACUCGACCUUGUACACCAUGUGAAAGUCGGUUAUUUUCUAACCUACUUGCUGACAUUUGGCACGUUCACGCCUAUGCUCCUCAUCCCAGCAUGGGUGGGCGCCAAUGCGCAGUCUGCGUCUGCGCGUGCUGUGGCAUUGGGUUUUAUUUCCAUGUUCACGAAUCUUGGUGGUAUCGUCUCGUCCGGUGUGUAUCGACAGCAGGAUGCGCCGACUUAUAGGCCGGCACUGAUUACAGUGUCGGUGUGUCAGGCGGUCUUCAUAGUAAUUUGUUUUGGCAUGCGUGUUGUGUAUUCUCGGAUGAAUCGCGAUUUGGCGCGUGGAAAGACCGUUGUUGUUGAUGGUGGUGUUGAGGUGAAGUUUGGAUUUAGAUUUAUGCUGUGA